ACCACGUGACCACAAUCAUGUGAGGAAAUAAGGAAGUGUGAACAAAGUUUCUGCACUGAGAAGUCUAAUAUGAAUCGUGAAACAUGACUAUCAGAUGUUUUUAUUUCCUCCCUCUGAUCUGUUUCUUCAUUUUGAGCAGUUCUGACAAUGUUAGUGGAAAGAGCGUUUGGCCUGUUCCUUACAGGAGAUUCGACCAUCGUCCGCCCACUGACCCUUACUGCCAAGCACUUUACCCCUUUUGCCCUACUGGAGACUCAGACGGUCGCAUCCCUUCUAUGAGAAACAGUGACGUCAUUUCCGUGUUUAGACUUCAGACUCCUGUGUGGGAAUUCAAAUAUGGAGAUCUUUUGGGGAAAUUUCAUAUAAUGCAUGAUGCCAUUGGAUUUGCCAACUCAGAAACAGGAAGAAACUAUACCAUGGAAUGGUACGAGCUUUUCCAGCUUGGAAACUGCACUUUUCCCCAUGUAAGAGAGAACACAAUGGCCCCUUUUUGGUGUAACCAAGGGGCUGCAUGCUUCUUUGAGGGAAUUGAUGAUGUGCACUGGAAACAGAAUGGAACUCUGGAGAAAGUGGGAGAGAUUUCUGGUGAGCAGUUUAAUGAUCUGGCAAAAUGGGUUCAACAGGACAAUGACACAGGUAUUUACUAUGAGACGUGGACUGUGCGGUCAGACCCGGGACCCAACGCAACCACAUGGUUCGACUCAUAUGACUGUUCACAGUUUGUACACCGCACCUAUAGGAAAUUGGCAGAGCUUGGAGCCAAGCUCUCAAGCAAAACUCAGACAAACUACACAAAAAUCUACCUGUAUAGUGGUGAACCUAUCUACCUUGGAGAUGAUAGCAGCAUCUUUGAUCAACCCUCAAUGAAAGAUCUGGCCACAGCUAUCAGAAAGUUUUACCAUUCUUUUCAGCCUCACCAGUCAAUGCUUCAGUUUAUUCUCAGCCUGAUGGAAGCCUAUAAAAAAGUAGUGCUGGACAAGACUUUCUAUUUGUUCUAUAACUUUGAGUAUUGGCACUUGCCCAUGAAGCCUCCAUAUAUCCAAAUUACUUAUGAAGAAGUUCCUCUGCCAUGAUGAAGGUGGCCUUGAGUUCUCCUUCCUCAUGUAAAUGUUAUGACAGUUUUGCAGUUAUGACUGUGUUACUUGUGAUUAUAGUCAAUGAUUUUUUUUACACUUUGACUUGGGUGACAAUGAACUCGUGUUCUGUUGUAAAUACCACAUUGUCUCGAUUCAGAUUGGUCAGGAAGGGUUCAUUUUCUAUAAACACACAGCUCAGACAAGUAUGCGAGGCAAAUCACAGAUUUUUAUUAAUGUGCUCAUUUUAAUGUUAUUGUUUAUGUAGCAACAGACUGGGCCUUGUAUGGUGGACAUUCCAUGUUAACACAUUUUAAAAAUGUCUGCAAGCUUUCUGUAAGGGGAGGUUUAGUUAGCAUUUUUGCAAGGAACACACACCCAGUGUAAUUGUUUUGAAAUUGCCAAGAAGUAAAAUUGGGACUAAGCCUUCAGGAAGUUAGGCUUUCUGGUUUCUCAGUAACAUAAGCUCCAUUUCUUUUGUGUCUUAAAAAGGGAUGGUAAGGAAUUACAUUAUUUGUGUUAUUGCAUUUUCAUAACUUUAGCUUUAGAAAUAGUAAGUGAAUAAGAUUACAGUAAUACAAAAUUAACGUUGGGAGUACAAGAGUUACAGUAUCAUCCUGUAAUAACAAUAGAAUUUAAGAAUGCACAAUGAGCCUGAAAUUGAUGCUAAGACAUAUCAAGGGACUAUCCCACAAUUUAUGAAAUGAUUCAGAUCUUAUAACGUCUUAUCAAGGAUAUCCAAUCCUUAAUAAGGAUCCUUGUCCGGGACUUUCUACAUCAGUAGAAUUUGAAAGACAUCUGAGUAAUCCCAUAGCGAAGGGGGCAAAAUUCCUCAUAUCCCAUGUUUACUGGGUAUUUAUGGUGAUUAAGGUGAGUGAUAAACUUGUCACAGACAUUCUGCUGCAUUAAAUGGAACUACAAAUA